CUGUGUAUUAGCCACUUCCGCUUUGAAAGUCAGGCCCUUUCGGUGGGUGCCGCUGACGUUGGGAAGAUGGUGAACGUCCCGAAAACCCGUAGGACUUACUGCAAGAAGUGCGGCAAGCACCAGCCCCACAAAGUGACUCAGUACAAGAAAGGCAAAGAAUCUCUGUAUGCUCAGGGAAAGAGGCGAUAUGAUCGCAAACAGAGUGGCUAUGGUGGUCAGACGAAGCCUAUCUUCCGCAAGAAGGCCAAGACCACAAAGAAGAUUGUGCUGAGGCUGGAGUGCGUCGAGCCCAACUGCAGGUCAAAGAGGAUGCUGGCCAUUAAGAGGUGCAAGCACUUUGAACUGGGAGGAGACAAGAAGAGAAAGGGCCAAGUCAUCCAGUUCUAGACAUUCAACUUGUACUUCGCUAUGGAAUUCAUUAAAAUCCUAUGGAAACA